AUGGAGAUAGAGGGUGUGAAGAAGUUUGGUGCGGCCUGUGGUGGAAGAGACUGCAGUGGGGGUUGCCAGUGUUAUCCAGAGAAAGGAGGACGUGGUCAACCAGGGUCAGUUGGCCCCCAGGGAUACAACGGGCCCCCAGGACUACAAGGUUUCCCGGGAUUACAGGGCCGCAAAGGUGACAAAGGUGAAAGGGGAGCUCCUGGAAUAACAGGCCCAAAAGGAGAAGUGGGAGCAAGAGGCGUUUCUGGCUUCCCUGGUGCUGAUGGAAUUCCUGGACAUCCAGGGCAAGGUGGACCCAGAGGAAGACCUGGUUAUGAUGGCUGCAAUGGAACGACGGGAGAUGCAGGUCAACCAGGUCCCCCAGGCUCUGUAGGAAGUCCAGGAUUCCCUGGACCUCAAGGACCCAAAGGACAGAAAGGUGAACCUUACGCAUUACCCAAAGAAGAGCGGGACAAAUACAGGGGUGAACCAGGAGAGCCCGGGUUGGUUGGUCUCCAGGGGCCUCCAGGCCGCCCUGGCUAUGUGGGACCAAUGGGUCCAGUUGGUGCUCCAGGGAGACCAGGACCACCCGGACCCCCUGGACCAAAAGGACAGCCAGGCAACAGAGGACUUGGUUUUUAUGGAGAAAAGGGUGAAAAGGGUGACAUAGGACUGCCAGGACCCAAUGGAAUUCCAUCAGACAAUGAUUGUGCCAGCACCGGACCUGGGAAAGACGUGAUUCAUCCAGAACAGUAUAAGGGUGACAAAGGAAGUAUGGGGGAACCAGGAAGAAAAGGCAUUUCCUUUAAGGGAGAAGAAGGAAUCAUGGGCUUUCCAGGAAUAAGGGGUUCUUCUGGCUUCGAUGGUGAAAAAGGAUUACCUGGACAGAAAGGAAGUAGAGGACCAGACGGUUACCAAGGCCCUGAUGGACCUAAAGGACCUAAGGGAGAAGUGGGUGACCGAGGCCUUCCAGGACCACCUGCCUACUCUCCUCAUCCUUCCCUAGCAAAAGGUGCCAGAGGUGACCCAGGAUUCCCAGGAGAUCUUGGGGAGCCAGGACUGCGGGGUGAGACAGGAGACCCCGGCCUACCAGGUCUCCCUGGCAUAUCCAUUGGAGAUGACGAUGAGAAGAGAGGUUUACCAGGGGAAAUGGGACCCAAAGGCUUCAUAGGAGACCCAGGCAUCCCUGCUCUGUACCCUGGACCACCAGGAGCUGAUGGAAAACCAGGGCUUCAAGGACGCCCAGGACCUCCUGGGCUACCCGGACCAGAUGGUUUUCUUUUUGGACUUAAAGGAGUAACAGGACAGGUGGGCUAUCCAGGGCCUUCUGGUUUCCCUGGGGCUCGUGGCCCAAAAGGAUGGAAAGGUGAUGCUGGAGACUGUAGAUGUGAAGAUCAGUUCAUCAGGGGUCUUCCAGGGCUUCCAGGACCCAAGGGCUUUCCAGGUGUCAAUGGAGAACCAGGGAAGAAAGGGGAUCAAGGUGACCAGGGCCAGCAUGGCCUUCCUGGUUUCCCAGGAUUCAAGGGAGCCACUGGUGACAUUGGACCUCCUGGGCCUAAAGGAGUAAAGGGAGAUUCUAGAACAGUUACAACCAAAGGUGACAGAGGGCAACCAGGUAUCCCAGGUGUGCCUGGGAUGAAAGGUGAUGAUGGUGUCCCAGGGCGUGAUGGGCUUGAUGGAUUCCCAGGCCUUCCAGGACCUCCUGGUGAUGGCAUCAAAGGCCCUCCAGGGGAAAGAGGUGAUACAGGAGUACCUGGAACAAAGGGAAUUCCUGGAGAAAUGGGUCCCCCAGGAUUAGGCUUACCAGGCCCAAAAGGUGAACAUGGUCCUCCAGGAGAUAUUGGAAUACCUGGACCACCCGGCUUUCCUGGUCCUCCUGGCACCCCAGGCACUCCAGGACAAAUAGAUUGUGACACAGGCGUGAAAAGACCCAUUGCAGGUGCUGGACAAGACACUAUCCAGCCAGGCUGUGUUGGAGGGCCCAAGGGAUCACCAGGCCUGCCAGGACCACAAGGCUCUACAGGUGCCAAGGGCCUCAGAGGAAUACCAGGAUUCUCAGGACCUGAUGGAGAUCCAGGGCUCAAGGGUUUCCCAGGAGAUGCAGGUCAUGAAGGAUUCCCAGGACAGACAGGAUUUACAGGACCCCGAGGAUCCAAAGGUGCAAAAGGACUCCCUGGGCCCGAUGGACAGCCAGGUCCCAUAGGCCUACCAGGGCCAAUAGGACCACCAGGUGAAAGGGGACUUCCUGGAGAAGUCCUGGGAGCCCAGCCUGGACUCCAAGGGGAUGCUGGACUACCUGGACACCCAGGGCUGAAGGGCCAACCUGGAGACAGGGGCUCUCCUGGAUUCAGAGGAAGCCAAGGGAUGCCAGGGAUGCCGGGGCUGAAGGGUCAGCCAGGCUUCCCAGGACCUUCAGGACAGAUAGGAUUGCCUGGACCUCCAGGACAGCGUGGAUUCCCCGGAGCUCCUGGCCAAGCAGGACCCUUGGGACUACCAGGUGCCCCAGGCCAUGGAGGUCUGCCUGGUGACAGGGGUGAUCCAGGAGACACAGGUACCCCUGGCCCUGUGGGCAUGAAAGGACUUCCUGGUGAUAGAGGGAACACUGGCUUAGUGGGUGAGAGAGGUCAUCCUGGAAACCCUGGAUUCAAAGGAAUAGAUGGAAUGCCUGGUAUCCCUGGGCCAAAAGGUGACAGAGGUUCACCAGGUAUGGAAGGUUUCCAAGGCAUGGUUGGGCUUAAAGGAAGACCUGGAUAUCCAGGAAACAAAGGAGAGUCUGGAUAUUUUGGACUUCCUGGUCCAAAAGGUCUGGCUGGUGAACCAGGUGUUAAAGGCAACCGUGGGGAUCCCGGCCCCCCAGGACCACCUCCCAUCAUCCUGCCAGGAAUGAAAGACAUUAAAGGGGAAAAAGGAGAUGAAGGACCUAUGGGAUUGAAAGGAUUCCUAGGCUUAAAAGGUCUUCAGGGAAUGCCAGGGGUCCCCGGGCUGUCAGGAAUGCCUGGUUUACCUGGUUUACCCAGCCACAUCAAAGGAACAAAAGGAGACAUCGGCGUACCUGGCUUGCCUGGUUUACCAGGAUUCCCUGGUGUGACUGGUCCCCCUGGAAUUAUAGGAUUUCCAGGGUUCACUGGGACUAGGGGUGACAAGGGUGCUCCAGGGAGAGCCGGCCUUUAUGGGGAGAUUGGACAGAGAGGUGAUGUCGGUGAUAUUGGAGACACCAUAAAUCUACCAGGAAGCCCAGGCCUGAAGGGAGAAAGAGGCAUCACUGGAAUUACAGGUCAAAAGGGAAUCUUUGGAGAGAAAGGAACAGAAGGCAACAUUGGCUUCCCCGGCAUAACAGGCAUAAAAGGAGCCCAGGGUCCUUCUGGAUUUAAAGGACAAACAGGCUUUCCAGGUUUAACAGGACUUCAGGGACCACAGGGGGAUCCAGGACGUAUUGGACUACCUGGUGAAAAAGGAGACUAUGGUUGGCAAGGGGCUCCAGGAUUGCCAGGUUUUCCAGGUAUCCGAGGACUCAGUGGAUUACAUGGCUUGCCAGGCACCAAAGGCUUUCCAGGAUCCCCAGGUGCAGACAUCAGUGGGGACGCAGGUUUCCCAGGUACUACUGGGGACAGGGGUGACCCAGGGGAGCCCAACACCUUUCCAGGCCCUCCAGGAAUACCAGGACAAAAAGGAGAGCAAGGAAUACCAGGGGAACGAGGCCCAGUUGGGAGUCGAGGGCUGCAGGGAUUUCCAGGCAUCACUCCCCCUUCCAAUAUCUCUGGGUUACCUGGUGACACAGGGGCACCAGGGAUAUUUGGCCCACAAGGUUACCGAGGUCCACCUGGGCCACCUGGACCUGCUGCUUUUCCUGGGGGCAAAGGAGAUGCAGGGAAUCCGGGAGCUCUGGGAAACGCAGGAACAAAAGGAUGGGUGGGAGACCCUGGACCCCAAGGCAGACCCGGUGUGUUUGGUCUCCCUGGAGAAAAAGGACCCAGAGGUGAACAAGGAUUCAUGGGAAACACUGGUGCAACAGGAAGUAUGGGUGACAGAGGCCCUAAAGGACCCAAAGGAGACAGAGGAUUCCCUGGUUCCCCCGGUUCUUCAGGAUCCCCAGGAAUUCCAGGAAUCCCCCAGAAGAUAGCUGCUGAACGAGGGACUUUGGGUCCCCAUGGAAGGAGAGGUCCUCCUGGUGCACAGGGAGAGAUGGGGCCCCGGGGCCCUCCAGGAGAACCAGGUUUUCGUGGGGCACCAGGAAAGUCAGGACUCCAAGGAAGAGGUGGUAUGGCUGCUGAUCCAGGAUUCCGGGGAGACCAGGGACCCAUGGGUCAUCAGGGGCCAAUUGGUCAAGAAGGUGAACCUGGCCGGCCGGGGAGUCCAGGCCUGCCUGGCAUGCCUGGCCGCAGUGUCAGCAUCGGCUAUCUCCUGGUAAAGCACAGCCAGACAGAGCAGGAGCCCAUGUGCCCCGUGGGCAUGAACAAGCUCUGGAGUGGAUACAGCCUGUUGUACUUUGAAGGCCAGGAGAAAGCCCACAACCAGGAUCUGGGACUGGCAGGCUCCUGCCUGGCACGGUUCAGCACUAUGCCUUUCCUGUACUGCAACCCUGGUGACAUCUGCUACUACGCCAGCCGGAAUGACAAGUCCUACUGGCUCUCCACCACUGCGCCACUACCUAUGAUGCCUGUCGCUGAAGAUGAAAUCAAGCCCUACAUCAGCCGCUGCUCUGUGUGUGAGGCUCCAGCUGUUGCUAUAGCAGUCCACAGUCAAGAUGUCUCCAUCCCCCACUGCCCAGCUGGAUGGCGGAGUUUAUGGAUUGGCUAUUCCUUCCUCAUGCACACGGCCGCGGGGGAUGAAGGUGGUGGACAGUCACUGGUGUCUCCAGGCAGCUGUCUGGAGGACUUCCGGGCCACGCCUUUCAUCGAAUGCAAUGGGGCUCGCGGGACCUGCCACUACUAUGCCAACAAAUACAGCUUCUGGCUCACCACCAUCCCGGAGCAGAACUUCCAGAGCUCCCCCUCUGCCGACACCCUCAAAGCCGGGCUCAUCAGGACACACAUCAGCCGCUGCCAGGUGUGCAUGAAGAACCUGUGA